CUCAAAGGGCCAAAACCUCUAUACACAAGUAUCACGCAUCCUCUACAACUUUUCAUGGCCACUAUCUUCGCCUUUUUUCUCUUCCUCUUUUUUCUGUUAUGGAUACUAAGAAGAGCGAAAACAACUGGUCGUAAAACAACACUUCCACCAGAAGCUGGUGGCGCGUGGCCUUUGAUUGGCCACCUCCACCAACUAGGAGGGGCGAAACCAGACCAUAUCACAUUGGGUGACAUGGCCGAUAAGUACGGAUCAAUCUUCACUAUCCGGCUGGGAGUGCAUCGUGCUGUGAUAGUGAGCAACUGGGAGAUAGCAAAAGAGUGCUUCACCACAAACGACAAAGCCUUUGCCGACCGUCCAAAAGCUAUAGCUUCAGAACUCAUGGGCUACAACUAUGCCAUGUUUGGGCUUGGCCCUUACGGUCCUUACUGGCGCGAAGUGCGUAAAAUAAUCACCCUUGAGGUCCUCUCAAACCACCGCCUUGAAAUGCUCAAACACAUCCGAGAGUCUGAGGUAAAUACAUCUGUGAAAGAGAUAUAUGAUCUCUGGGUGAAGAACAACAACGUGUUGGUAGAUAUGAAGAGAUGGUUUGGUUCCAUAACCUUAAAUGUUGUAUUUAGGAUGGGUGUGGGGAAGCGAUUUGAUGGGAGUGUAACGUUGAAAGAUGAGAAUGAAGAUAACGAUCAGUGCCGGAAGGCAUUUAGAAAUUUCUUUGAGUUGAGUGGAACGUUUGUGGCAGCAGAUACGCUUCCUUAUCUAAGGUGGUUGGACUUGGGAGGGCACGAGAGGGCCAUGAAGCAAACUGCAAAAGAAUUGGAUCAUGUGGUUCAAGGAUGGUUAGAAGAACAUAAGCAAAGGAAAGUUUCCGGCGAGGCAAAGGUGCAACAAGACUUUAUGGAUGUCUUGUUGUCUAUUGUUGCUGAAAACAAAGAGAUCUCCGAUUAUGAUGCUGAUACAAUCACUAAAGCUACAUGUCUGGUCCUUAUCAUAGGGGGCUCAGAUACAACAACCAUAACAAUGAUAUGGGCUCUCUCUCUGCUUCUUAACAACCGAGAAGCUCUAAAGAAAGCACAUCAAGAAUUAGAUCUCCAUAUUGGCAGGGAGAGACAAGUAAAGGAAUCAGACAUGAAAAACUUGGUAUAUCUCCAAGCUAUUCUCAAAGAAACAAUGCGUUUGUACCCUGCUGGACCGCUCUCUAUCCGACGCGAGUCCAGGGAAGACUGCACUUUGGCUGGUUACCAUGUUCCAGCAGGCACGCGACUCCUUGUUAAUCUUUCAAAGAUCCAUCGAGACCAACAUGUAUGGUCUGAUCCAAAUGAAUUUCGACCAGAAAGAUUCCUUACGACCCAUUUAGGUGUUGAUGUCAAGGGCCAACAUUUCGAGUUGAUACCAUUUGGCACUGGUAGAAGAUUUUGCCCUGGAAUUUCACUUGCGUUGCAAGUCAUGCAACUCACACUUGCCACUUUGUUGCACGCUUUUGAACUUACAACCCCAUCGGAUGAGCCCGUGGAUAUGACAGAGAAUGUCGCACUCACCAACUUGAAAUCCACACCACUUGAAGUCCAUCUCACUCCACGCCUUCCUGCUCAAGUAUAUGCAUUUGAUCAUUAAACUGCGACCUACACCAUUUAAUAAAUGUUAGUGUGCCAAAGGAUUUAAUCCUUUUUUCUGUAUUUUUUUGGUGUACUUAUAGUACUUAUCAUCUAUUUCUUACUUUUUAUUUGUAUUUCUCGCAAUGUAAUUUUUGUUUUUUGUGUAUGUUGUUGGGUAGCCUACUCUA